CCGAGACGUGGCAGGACGAGGCGCGCGCCUGCAGUAGCACACAAAGGCCAAAGGCAGCGAGAGCUCAUAGCAGUAGUCAAAGGACUGCAAACUCGGAGCCAAAGUCCUGGUCGGCGCGCCCGAGGGCUCUUUGUUGCCUCACGGUCGGCAUACGUCGAAAAACGCGAGCUCGCGGCACGUAGGAGAGGCGGAGGGCACCUCAAGCCAUGGCUGCUCUCCAGCGCUGCCUCGCCGUCUGCGCGUUAACAACAGCGCUCAACCCCGCCGCCCGCAAGCUGACGGCGCGCAAGGCCGUCGUCGCGCCCGUGACGGAAGUAAAGCCGGACGACGCGAGCGUCGUCAAGGAGGCGUGCGAGGUCCCGCCCUUUAACAAGGUCAUGGCCGCAAACCGCGCCGAGAUCGCCGUGCGCAUCAUGCGCGCCGGCACGGAGCUGAACAUGGCGACGGUCGGUGUGUAUGCCAUGGAGGACCGGAACUCGGCGCACCGGUGGUGCGCGGACCAGUCGUUCUUGCUGCCGGCGCGAGACACGCCCGUCGGCGCUUAUUUAGAUCCCAAGUCCAUCGUGGACAUCGCCGAGCGCGAGGGCGUCGAGGCCGUGCACCCGGGCUAUGGUUUUUUGUCCGAAUCGCCGGAGCUCGCGCGAUUGUGCGGCGAGCGCGGCAUCACGUUCGUGGGGCCGACGGUCGAGAACUUACUCUCCUUCUCGGACAAGGUCUCGGCGCGGAAGAUGGCCAUCGCGGCGAACGUGCCCGUCGUGCCCGGCACGGAGAAUGCCCUGGACACGGCGCAGGAAGCGCGCGCGUUUGCCGAGGAGUUCGGCCUCCCCGUCAUGAUCAAGGCGUUGAUGGGCGGCGGCGGCAAGGGGAUGAGAAUUGCGCGAACGUUAGAUGAAGUCGAGUCGCAGUUCGAGAGCGCCGCGUCGGAGGCGUUGGCGGCGUUCGGCGACGGUUCUUGUUUCUUGGAGCGAUACGUGGAAGAUCCACGCCAUGUAGAAGUCCAAAUUGUUGGAGACGGCAACGACGUCGUCCACCUCUGGGAGCGCGACUGCUCGGUGCAGCGGCGGCACCAGAAGGUCGUCGAGAUCGCGCCCGCGUGGAAUCUGAACGAUGGGUUAAGAAAGCGCCUCCAGGACGACGCCGUGCGGCUCGGGAAGUCGGCGGGCUACAAGAACGCGGGCACCGUCGAGUUUUUGGUCGAUGUGAAGUCUGACGAGCACUUUUUUAUUGAGGUGAAUCCGCGCAUCCAAGUGGAACAUACCGUGACCGAGGAGGUGACCGGUAUUGACUUAGUACAGACGCAAUUCCGCAUUGCGGCCGGUGCGUCUCUGAGAGAGCUGGGCCUGAUCCAGCAGGACAUCAAGCCUAGAGGUGUGGCGAUCCAGUGCCGCAUCACCACAGAAAAUCCAGAAAGGGACUUCGCGCCGGACGCGGGCACGCUAGCUGUCUAUAGGCACGCCCAGGGCGUCGGCAUGCGCGUCGACGGCGUCGGGUACACGGGCAUGCGCAUCACGCCGUACUUCGAUUCACUCUUGGUAAAGUACACGGCGCGCGCGGCGACGUGGCCCGCCGCCGUGCGGAGGAUGAGGAGAGCGUUGCUCGAGAUGCGCAUCCGCGGCGUCAAGACGAACGUGCCCUUUUUAUUGAAUGUGCUUGAGCAUCCUGAUUUCGUCAAGGGCGACGUCACGACCUCAUUUAUUGGAGACAACCCGUCGUUACUCUCGAUAGGAAAGAGCGCCUGGGACGUCAUGCACUUCCAAUCAUCCCAAGACAAAGUUUUCAGGGUCGAGCGGAACUUGCGCUACCUCGCGAACGUCGCGGUGAACGGCCACCCGUCGUCGCUCGGCGCGGACGCGUCGAAGCUCGACAAGGUGCGCACGACCUACAUCCCGAAGCCCGACGUCGCUAGGAAGGAGCCGGGGCCCUGGCGCAAGAUUCUGAGGGAGGAGGGCCCUGAAGCGCUCGCGAAGGCCGUGCGAGCUUCUCCUUCGUUACUCGUGACCGAUACCACUUGGAGGGACGCCCACCAGUCCUUACUCGCGACGCGCGUGCGCACGUCCGACAUCGCCCGCGUGGCCCGAGAGACGCAGGACGCGCUCGGCAAAAGCGCCUUUUCGGUAGAGAUGUGGGGCGGCGCGACGUUCGACGUCUGUCUGCGAUUCUUGCACGAAUGCCCCUGGGCGCGCUUAGAGCAAUUGAGGGAAUUGGCGCCGGACAUCCCCUUCCAGAUGCUGCUGCGGGGGGCCAAUGGUGUCGGCUACACGGCGUACCCGGACAACGUCAUCUACAAGUUCUGCGAGCAGGCUUAUGAGAGUGGUAUCGACAUCUUCCGAGUGUUUGAUUCCUUGAACGACGUUGAGAAUUUGGCGCUGGGCGUGAAGGCCGCGAAGGCCGCCGGGGGCUUCGUCGAGGGGACCCUAUGCUAUACCGGAGACGUGACCUCAUCGAAGAAGUACGACCUGGACUACUACCUGGACCUGGCGACGCGCAUGAUCGACCUGGGCGUGCACGCUCUGGCCAUCAAGGACAUGGCGGGGCUGCUCACGCCUCGCUCAGCUACUGUAUUGGUGGAAGCGCUGCGGCAGAAGUUCCCCACGACGCCGAUCCACGUCCACACGCACGACAGCGCGGGCUUGGGCGUGGCGUCGAUGUUAGCUGCAAGCCAGGCGGGCGCCGACAUUGUGGACGGUGCCGUCGACGCGAUGUCAGGCCUGACCUCGCAGCCGUCGCUGGGUGCCAUCGCGGAAGCGGUGCCCGAGGUCGGCUUGGAUGGCGACGCCUACGCCAAGGUCUCGAGCUACUGGGACGACGUGAGGGCGACGCUGUAUGCGCCCUUCGAGUCGGGCCAGCUAGCAACGGCUUCCGAUGUUCAUAGUCACGAGAUCCCGGGCGGCCAGUACACGAACUUACUCUUCCAGAGUAGGCAACUGGGCUUAGAUGGCCAGUUCGACGCCGUCAAAAUAGCCUACGCCGCCGCGAACCGAUUGCUGGGGGACAUCCCGAAAGUCACGCCGUCCUCGAAGGUCGUCGGCGACCUCGCCCAGUUCAUGGUCGCCAACAAACUGAGGGAAGAAGAUGUCGACACGGAGCAGUGGGUCGGGAAGCUCCCCGACAGUGUCGUCGAUUAUUUGAAGGGUGGCCUCGGGACACCACCAGGCGGGUUCCCGGAACCUUUGAGAGCGCAUGUGCUGAAAGCACGGGGCGUCGAGGCUCUCCAAGGGAGACCAGGCCUGUCCAUGGAGCCCUACGACUUCGAGCAAGCCGCUAAGGACCUGUCCGAGAAGUUCGAAGGCGCGGCCUACCACAUCGACGAGAAGGACGUCUUGUCAGAAGCCUUGUACCCCUCGGUCUUCGCGGACUACAUGGAGCACCGACUGGUGUAUGAUGAUGUUGGGCACUUACCUACGCAUGUCUUCUUACGUCCGAUGGCGCUGAACGACGAGGUGGAGUUCGAGGACGGCCACGGCCGCGCCGAGUAUGUUGAACUCAGAUCCAUCUCGGAGCUCGACGACAAGACGUGCUCGAGGAGGGUGGUGUUUUCCGUGAACGGCGAGGCGUGGCAGUUCCGCGUCACGGACGAGGAGGCCAUGACCAUUGCGAGUGGCGGCGGCGCGGGGUCCGCCCGCAAAAUGCGCCGCAAGGCCUCUUCCAGCAGUGGCGACGUCGGCGCGCCGAUGCCGGGCGUCGUCGUCGACGUGAAAGUGGGCGAGGGCGACGUCGUGUCCAAGGGCGAGACGUUGUUUGUCCUGUCGGCGAUGAAGAUGGAGUCCACGAUCGUGGCGCCGGCCGCCGGCACGGUCACGUCGGUGCUCUGCGCGAUCGGCGACAACAUCGAGGCCGAGGACCUCCUGGCGACGCUCGAGGACUAGUACCCCCCUGAUCUUAAGAAUAGAAACCUACU